AUGAGCACCGUUGAUACUUAUAGAUAUUAUUCAGAUUCACCAGGAACAUUGUUGUCUGGAGAUGAAUGGGAAAAAUUAAAUGAAUCCCAUAACCCUGAUCCAAAUGUAUCAUUACCAGAAGGAUGGCCUCAAAAGCUUGAAGGUCCACUAGUAUGGACUGCUGAAGAAUUACACAAAGAUCCAGAAUCAUAUUUAUAUAUCCUUUCAGAAUCUGAUUUGAAAGAGAUUGAUGUUGCUAUCAAAAAUUAUGACUCACCCCUUGAUAAAGUUAAUAAAGAUACUUUUUCAUUACCAACAUUAGGGCCAAAACUUGAAGAAUUUUCAUACAAGCUAUAUUUCGGUAACGGUGUUCAUAUAAUCAGGGGAUUCCCAAGGUCAAAGUAUGAUGAACGUCAAUCAGCUAUUGCGUUUUUAGGUGUUUCAUCAUAUAUUGGAGACUUAAGGGAUGCACAAGGUUUGAAUAGAGCACUUACACAUAUUAAAAGUAUUGCUCAUAUUCCACGGAGUGAGAGGGCACCAAUUGGAGUUUCUCAACAAACUACUGAUCCACAAAUGUUUCAUAAUGAUUUUGGUGGUGAUGUUGUUUCAUUAUUUGUCAAUGAAGUCCCUAAACAAGGUGGUGAAUCACUAGUGACUAGUGGGUAUACUGUUUAUAAUGAACUGGCUGCUAAGAGGCCUGAUUUAUUGAAUGUUUUAGCUAAACCGAAUGCGUUCAAAUUUAGAGGAUCACCUGAAGAUGGAUCUUCAUUAAUUCAUUACGUUGAUGGAAGGUUUUUCACACAAUUUUCAACCAGAUAUUUUAUUGGAUUUGGUGAGUUAGAAAGAGAUACUUCAAUUCCUGAACUCACAGAAGAACAAAAAGAUGCAUUUGGUGCAUAUCAUUGGAUAGGAUUCCAAAAUGCUUUAGUUCAUAAAUUACAAAAAGGUGAUAUUGAAUAUGUAAAUAACCUAUUCUUACAACAUUCUAGACUGGGGUAUGAAGAAGAUAUUACUCAGGGAAGACAUGUAUCCAGAUUAUGGUUAAGAAACUCCAAAUAUUCAGCUCAGAUCAAGAAACCAAAAGUUACGCAGGAUAAAUAUGAUGCAUUUUUCCCUGAAAAGUAUGAGCAGAAAAUCCCAUUGAAUGAGAUAGAAGAAGAUGCGAUUAAACUAGAAGCUGGUGCAGAUUCUCUUGAUAAGGUAUAUUCCAAGCCAAAGUAG